AUGUCGCUACGACAUACCAUAAAGACCCUCCUUUCUGGCCCUCAAACGCAGGCAUCGCCGCCUGGGGGCUUCGGGUAUAACCAGGCACCGAAUCCCACUCCAAACCAACCACAUCAUGCGCAGCAGCAGUUUGGAUACCACCAGGCUGCUCCUGUUAACUAUGGGAAUUCGGGUGGACAACCGGUGAUGGUUCCGAAUCCUCAGUCUUAUGGAUACACUCCUCCGCCAUCGCAGUUUCCCCAAAUGUAUGCUCCGCCUCCCCAGCAACAACCUCAACAGUACCAUUGCCCACCGGUCCCCUUAAACUCUGCCCCGUCUGGACCACUCUAUCAUCAAAAUCACAACGCUUUCACCCCUCAAAGUGGAUUAUCUUAUGCUCCAGCAUCGGCUCCUCCUCCACUGCAGCAGUCGUUCCAACCGCCGAAUUCACAGAUCCAACAAUACGGCCCCACGCCAUCUACAACCUCGAUCUUUCAACAGCCACCCCAACCACAUACACUGGCACAUGGCCAGUACUUGCCUCCGAAACAAUAUGGACUCCCUCCUCCAGUACCUUCAGCGACUCACCCCAACUAUCAACAACCGGUGGCCAAUCCACUACACCAGGAGCAGCAGAAGCAACAGCCAACGAGCAAUCCCGUUCAACAAUAUGCAAAUGUACCACACCUUCGCCAAGAUCAACAACAGCCUCCCCGAACUCCGCUUUCACCGCCUCCCCCUUAUAUGCAAUUUGAGCAACCGUUUAUCUCACAAGCGGCUGUACAGCCUAGCGGGCCAGCUGCUACGUCACCGAGACCCACCCUAAAUUUUGCGCCUCCGCCCUUAUCAAACAACCCAAAACCACCAUCCAGUCAAAUUGAGGAGCAGUCGCAGGAGCAGUCACAAUCGCAGCAGCAAUACGCGAACCCGUAUACUGCAAGUGCGCCAAAGCUCAAACCCUCUACCAGCGGAACCGAAAUUAGGGAUGGAUUCAGUUCAAUACCACAACAGACAAGCCACCUAAAACAGACGCAUAUACAGGCAGACACCCUCGACGAACCUCAGAGACCGGCUUCGACGAAACCACAAUCUGACCCGGUUGCUUCUGAGGGUGCAACAACGAAAUCUUAUACCCCGACUGGAAUAAUACAUCCAUCGAUGUUCACACAAUGGAAUACCGCAACUUCGGUCACGUCAGGCCGAGUUCCUAACCUCCCAUCUGACCAACCCCAAUCGCCUACCAAAUCUAUGAGCGCAAUACCGCCACCCGCGGCUGCUAUUAUCAAUUCGGCACCGCCCCAGCCUACGUACCCGGGAAUAAAGGGGCACAAGCCCACUCAGAGCGUUAAUAGGUCCCUUACAUUUUCAAAAAAGAACGCGGACGGGAGCCCGAAUUGGAAUGGAACGCUCUUAACAAUAGACGGAAUGUCUUCAGAAACUUUCACACGCUUUGUAAAUGGCUUAUACAACUUCGCUGGGCAAGAUGAGGAUCCACUAGGUCUAACCCCGGAUCAGAUGCGGAUUUUGUUGGAGCGGCUAGAUAUGCCGGACGAAAGGAAUUAUCCCAAGAAAUACUCCCUCGCUGCACCUAAAGCCAAACCCGCUGAUCCAGCCUCGUUCGUCCAUACCAGCUUGAUCCAGUACUACAGCAUCUUCGAUGUUACUUACAUCACGGAAGGCAAUCUUAUGCCUAUCGUGACCCGAGACGGAUUCCAGCAAUACAUGACGGCGGAAGUAUUGAUUGAUCCAUCCGGCAUGCAUCGCCAAUUCCUCCGGCUACUCGCCAAUUUCGGAAACCAAAUUAUCGAUCCCUUCACAAAAAUUCCAUUUGGCAACGUGCAAUUCCAACGAGAAUAUCUUCCGCCAGUUCCCAACGACCAAUACAUAGCGCGAGACAAAAAGCAGCAAGAAGCACUCCAGGCGAGGGAGGCACAUGAUUCGCAGCAAUACUAUAACAUUGACCAACAAACUAGUGGAUACCACCAAUUAGGUUCUUGGGGGAUCUAG